AUGAGCAGUGGCUAUGAUGAACUACCACUUGGAGUGGACAGCGGUCAAUUCUAUGCCAUCCAUGUGAUCUCUCUUGUGGCUAUGGGUGCAAGCUUCACAUGUGCCACGAUUAUUAUGGGACUUUCCAUAAGGCAACAAAACACUAAGAAGUUCUACGACCGGUCUAAAACUGAGCGACUGAUAGUUUAUGCUGCUGCUUGUGACGCUACGUUCAACGUCAUCCAUUCCACUGAACACAUUCAAAUGUUGAUAACGAAAAACUUCGUUUUACCAAAAGAACUUUGCAAAUUCCAUGGCAUUAUGACACUCGAACUUGGAUUCGCUCAAGUCUUUCUCGUUUUGAUCGUCGCUGUUAACAUAUUCUGCAUGAUGUUUUUGCAUAAAGAUAUUUCAUUUGGAAGAUAUGACUGGAGGUUAAUUAGCUCUGUUAUUCUCGGUCCUUUCCUAAUUGGUAUCAGUUCCUUGGCAGCCGACAAAAUUGGUCCAAACGGGGCUUUUUGUUUCUUCGACAGCGUAACAGCUAGACAUUUAAAUCUCUACCUGACGACGAUACCAAUAUGUCUGGUUCUGGUCAACAAUGCUAUUUUGUAUGGACUCUCAUGGUACAGGAUAAGAACGGAAACAAGACGCCUCGCUCGAACGUUAGGUGGUGCGUCCUUAGCAACAAAACGGACACAUAUUGCUGCUAAAAACAUGUUUUUGUUUCUCAUUUCUUACUUUGUUCAGUGGUGGGCUUUGUCAGUGUACGGUGUAUGGACAGCAUUUGGCGAAGGCCCUAUUUUACUCUAUAUAGUAAAUAUUUUCUUUUCAAACACUGGAGGAGUUUGGAAUGGAAUAGUUUAUGUCAUUAUUCGCAGACGUCGGAGAUUGGUUGAUUCACAGCAAAAUAUGAACAAAAAUAAUCAGGUUGCUGCAGAAAGGAACAAAACCGGUUUUUAA